AUGUAUGUUAAUGAUAUGGAAAAGAUGAAAGAUUUCGACAUCAAAUACUUCGGGGCUAAGCCUCAACCAAUGUAUCACAAUCCAAAGACAGAAUUCAGAAGCACUUUCAUGCAAUUCCAUGACGGUGCAAAGCUUGAAAUCAUGACAAGACCAGAUACAGUUGAUGGUGAAAAGCAAAUGACAAGAACUGGCUUUGUUCACAUUUCAAUGUCCCUUGGCAGCAAGGAAGCUGUUGAUGAAAUGGCCGCAAAGAUUAAGGGUGAUGGAUAUACUCUUGUUUCUGGACCACGCACAUGCGGUGAUGGAAGCUACAUGGCUUGCAUUCUUGAUCCAGAAGGUAACCAGAUCGAAAUGAAGAUCUAA